UCAGCUGAUGGGGCAUGUUAUAGACAUGGCGGCAGUAUCGUUGCUGCUCUCUUCCUGGCUGCUCGCCUUGAGUUCGGGCUCGCUACUGCGCGAUGAUUCCUUCCGCAGACAGGUCACCUUCGAGUACAAUCCCGGACGGAACGGUUCCAUGCCAGCAGCCCCCAACGUGCUCCACAUCCGGGCCCUGGGUCCCACCGACACCAUCCACUACCUUUGGAGCUCACUCGGAGCCCCCACCGUCCUGCAGGUCUAUAGCAGAAGCCCCAACAGCACCCUGCACAUCGACUGGAGCCGGCUGCAGCUCCCAGACCCCGCCGACGCCAUCCGCAUCGAGCCCGCUGAGGCCGUGGUCUACUCCACUGCUGUCAUCUUCUCCCGGCUCCUGGAGUACGAGGACGUGAACGACACUGCCGAUCUGUCCCAGGCACCGGCCGACAAAAUCUACCCCCCCUACCAGCUGGAGGACUUCACCUGGGAGGACGCCAACGCCACGCUGAACCAGACUGCGCUGACUGCGCAGCUCCAGGGCCGCAACGCAUCUGGGACUCCCUUCGCCAACGGCAGCAUCAUCUUCCGGAUUACAGCAUUCGAGGGUUCUGGCCGUGAUGCUGACCUCCCUCGUCUCUUCCACACGGCCAACACCUCGAAGCUGGAGUUCGUCAUUGAGGGGUUGCGGCCACGAGGCAACAAGUCACGGUUUGGCCUGGAGCUGAUGGUGCUGGAGGAGGAAGGGACCCAGCGGUCAAUGAAGGUCAGCAGAACCAUCGACGACGAAUACACGCCCAGCAUUUUCAAGGUGAGCGAGCUGGUGGGGGCUCCGGAGAACGGCAGUAGCCAGCGUGGUUUUCUGCAGUGGAAGCCUGUGGCCUAUGGCGCUGUCCGGCCCCUGCGUGCUGACUCCAUGCAGUCCCGUGACUAUGGGCUGCGGACGGGGCAUAAUCGCAGCCUCCCCACUGCCAGCCUGGCUUUCGCCUUCACCCGGACGGCGCCCACGCGACACACACACCUCUUUGCCCUCAACGUCUCCUUUGGCAGUGCCGGCCAGCAGCUCUACCCCACCCACCACUAUAUCAGCUGGUCAGUGCUGGUAGGACAUGGAGCACCCCCAGAGGACAUGUUCUCCGUGUUGGUCAUCGCUAUCAUGGCAGUGGGGUUGGGCCUGCCAGCCGUCCUCCUGCCGGUGGGGGGCGUGUGUGUAUGCAUCCACCGCUCGAGGCUGUCACCCACGGGAUACCAGCCUAUCAACUGA